AUGGAGGAGGUGGGAGAGGGGGAGGGGGAGGAGGGGGGCAUGGAUAAGGAGGAAAGGCAGCAGUUGUUUGAGCAGUUGACUGAAGAUGUGAUGGUGCUCAUGGAUGCUGGCAAGACAGGUACGGUGAGACAGGUGGUGCCUCUUCUCGCUCUUACCUCUCUUCCUCUGCGCUUCCGCCCUCACCCUUCUCCUACCGUACCUCCUCUCCUACCCUUGCCUUCCCUACUCUCCACUCCCUUCGCUGCCCCUUCCUCCACUUGCACCUCUCCUACUAGCCGCUGGACAUCCCCUCUUCUCCACCCGUCUGCUUGGACUCCGCUGUCCCAUCACCGUCGCCGCUCAUCUGCCGCUGUAACUACUGGUAUGGGUUCUCUGGCCUCUGUCUUCAAUGUGACCAUGCCAUCGCAUGAUAGCAUCCUUGGUGCUUCUCCUCUUAUGGAUCCUUGCUUUGUCGUUCCACUUUCUCCACCCCUUCAAAGAACUACCCCUCACUCUCCUAGCCCUACAGCUGCCAUUCUCUCACUUCCUCGCACCUUGAAUUUUGUCCUUGACAGUGAUGGUACUGACUCUCUCUUUUGUGAUGCCAGUGUCCUUCUCAAAUUUCCUCGUCCCCUCUCUAUUGAUGGGGCUGGGGAGACCAUGACCAUGAUCUGCACUGGCACUUCCUCUCUUCCUUGUCCUGCCUCUCCCUCUGGCGCUGUUACUGGCCUUUAUGUUUCCUCUUGCCAUCAUAACCUCUUAUCUCUCCCCGCCUUCCAACGCCUGUGUGUGCGAGCACUCUUCCCCGCAGGUGCACUCUAUUGUGAUCUUCAUUACCACGACCGACACCUCGCUCGUUUCGCCCUUCUCCUACUACUCGCCUCUACACCCUUCGUGUUCCCCUCCCCUCAUCUGUCCAUCAAAGUUCCUCUUUUACCCCUCCCGCCUCCUCUUGUGACUGUCGAUCUCUCACCCAACCUACUCUUCUUCUCCAUCAUCGCCUUGGCCACCCCAAAUUCCCUCCUCUUCGCAGCAUGA